AUGGAUAAUAAAUUAUUAAUUUGUACUCCUCAAGAUUGCUCACAAGGAAGAACUUCUACCGGCUAUUCUGAUACUAACCAAGCUAAUCAUGGUAACUUUUGGACAGGCGCCGCUGCAGGUGGCUUUUUAGGAUACCUUUUUGGAAGCAGCAGAAGCCAUCAAGCUGGCUAUUACGACUCAAACUACUACUCCCCCUCGCGUAGCUACUUUGGUCACGGUACUCAUACCGUACAUCAUCAUCACAAUAAUAGCAGUUCCUCAAGUCACGGUAGUCAUACAUCUUCAGGUUUCGGAGGGACGAAGCGUCGCUAAAUUGGACAAAAUACGCGUACAACUGAUGAACGCUAUCCCAGCUACUAACGUGCCAACAUAUAAGGCAAUUGUAUAUAUAUAUAUAUAUAUAUAUAUAAGUAAAUAGGUCAGUGU